CAGCGCGCUCUUCCCUUCCAUUCUCUUGCAGUUCUUUCGUGAUUUGUAUCGAUUUACUAAAUGUUCCAAUGAACAGCGCGGGUUUAUGUUUAGAACCAGAAAAUCGACUUUGAUCAAAAAGUUGCUGUCGCUUCAAGAAUCGUCAGCCAAAAACACCUACGAUCCAACAUCUCAAGGAUUAGCAAAGGUGUUUCUGAAGGAUAUAGGGGAAGUCGAGGUAUUACAACUGCUGCUAACUGUCCUUAAGGAGGGAGCUUUAGGGACAACCUGCAUCGUGGUCAACAGCCAGGAUAAACACCUCACCGCUUGCAAACUGUGGCGGUGGCCGUUGUACAGAACUAUGCCCACUCUGAAGAGAGUACCAAUCUGUAAUGAUAGAUGUGAGGAAUCGGAGUGUUUAAAUCCCUUCCAUUACUUCUUGACGAUGAGCCACGGGCCCUCCAAAACCAUAAGGCUAGCUGAUACGUCACCAGUUUCCCUGCCAAUCACCAGAGACCUGUCAGAUUCAGGAAUCUGUAUCGACAUGUGUUCUGACACCUUCAACACAGAAGAAGGUGACAGUAACGGUGUUUGGUGUAACGUAGCUUACUGGGAACAUAACCAGAGGAUAGGUGCUCUGCACUGUGUUAACGAUCCUAUCGUUGCUAUCGCCAACAAUAUCUCCCAUAGUGGUCUGGACCUCGCUAAGAUCGCUAACGAUGAUGUAUCACGUGAUGAAGUGACGGCUCGAGUUAGGAAACAUAUCGGUAGCGGAAUCUUAGUUUCACUAGAGGAGGACGGAAUCUGGCUCUACAAUCGCAGUGAGAUCAGCAUAUUCGUGCAGUCUCCGACAAUGUCAACAGGAGACAAGACUCGACCCCAGGUGCACAAAGUGCUGCCAGGAUACGCUCUCAAUUCCUACCACUUCGCUCACCACUCCACAGUGUCCCGGACCGCCCGGACCAUCAGACUCUCUUUCGAGAAGGGUUGGGGUCCUGGGUACAGGAGACAGUACAUCACUGACGCUCCCUGCUGGCUUGAACUUCUCCUUAGCAUUAGGUGACAAAUUGGUUAGCUCCAUCGUAUCCUUUCUCUUCGGACACACCCACUAAAUCGAAAGUGAAACUGAAAAUGAAACUGAAAGUGAAACUUGCUCGUCCUUCGAAUCAUAAGAUCUGUUGAUCUAGCUUUCCUGACAAAUGGAACUAUAGUUAAAGCGAGAGAGAAUGGUGUUAAUUUAUCAUACCGUGUUGUUUUUGUUAAGAAACAGUGCUGCAGCUCUUCGUGCACGCUACAAAUUUGUUUUGAUGUUUCUCGUUAUGCAUUGUUCGAGACCUUACUGGUGUGACGUCACGACUCGUGAUGACCAUAUAAGGAGUCUCACGUGAUCGAUGACGUCAUGUCACAUGAUGUGCUGGCUGGUUUCAUGUUUAACGUAGUUUCAACUUUCUAAGGACUGAGUGGGUUGCUAAUAUUUUCAAGUUAAAUUAAGUGCUAGUUUUAUUUAUUUAAGGCUGUGUGGCUGAAGGUGGCUGAAUUCCACUUCAGACCACACAGCAGUUGUAUUUGUAUAUUUUUGUUCAGAUAUAUGUGUAAUGAAUGAUCAAUGAAAUGUUCCGCUGCUCUAACCCUCCCCUCCUACCCAGUGAUGGGUGGUAGCAUAAAUGUUAUCUGUAGACUGUAAAUGUUAGUUGAACUUGAGACGGCUGGAAUUUACUUGUCGCAAUACUAGUCUGACUUACUGUUGCAGCUGAACGUUUCAUUCAUUGAUACGGGUUCAAGAAUCGACCGGGAUUGAAGAAGUAAUUCCCAUCAUUUUAACAUCGUCACCCAACUAAUGAUCGUAAUUUUUCGCUAGAAAAAAAAAACCUACAAAACAUCCCGGUCUAUUCCCCAACGAAUUUUCAAAGGUUUAUGAGUCUUGUAUCAAGAACACUCCUUUUAUAUUGAUAAUAAUAGCUCAAUGCCAACUAAUCGUGUUAAAAUGUGUGUGUAUGUGGUUCUGUUGCGAUGAAGGCGUGUAGGCUCAGACGGUUAACUCUUAUAAUUUGAAUGGAAUUUUAGAUUUUAGUCUUCAAUUUAAGAUUUUCAAUCCUGAGAUUUCGCUCCUUAGACGUAGGAUGAUAAUUCGAAAUCUCAAUUUACUGGUGAUAGAUGGUUGUAAAUCGUCUAGAAUUUGCCUUUCCGAGGCAAUAAACAUUUCUAAUCAAAGACUAUCUAUUUCUGAAUUACUUACCCAACUUUUCUUAAUCUAAUGUUGCUCAUACUUUCUUGGUUUAUGAAAUGGUGGUCGGAUUAAAAAGAGGCUACCUCAAUUUGGCAGAAUACUUGCACCACAUAUCAGGGUUUAAAAUAAUCUUAGAAAAUCAUCAUAAUAUUUUAAGUAUCCUGAAAAUGAAGCUAGCAUUCUGCCAAAAUGGUAAGGGCCUCAAGCCCAUAGAAAAUCCUCAAAUUAUGUUUCUUGUUUUAUAAGUUAAAUUUUUUGUUGAAGUUACAGAGGGAUGCACAUCAUCAUCACUAACAUAUCAUUUCGGUUCUCAUAUCGGAUCAUAAUCAUCAUACUUCUUGAUACCCAACUGGAGCUGGUUACUUACUUUAGGUUACUUUAGGUUACUUUAGGUUGUCAAUCUUAACAUACAAAAAAUGUCAAAUAUUCUAUAAACAGAGCCAUUAGAGAUUAAGUUGAAUCAUGUUGAGCUACUCUAAAACUCAACUACACUCACUUGCCCAACUCAUUAAAAUUCCUUCUUUCUAAGUAGAACCCAACUCAUCCUCGGUAUCAAGAAGUGUAUUUAUGUUAACCACAUUAAAUAGUGCCGUUAAUUGUUAUGACUGAUCGUUCAGCUCCUGAACAGUUUAUCUAAAGCAGUUCUUCGUUGUUAAAGUUCAUGUUUCUGUUGCUAUUCCAUGUUUAAUAACAAAAUUAAAGCUUUAUUUUGCUCUACAUUGAUUAUAACCGUGUAUUAUUAAUUGUAUUCAAAAUCUGCUUUCUCAAUUUA